AUGAGGCUCAUAGUGACAGCCGUUCUUCUCCUAGUUUCGAUCUAUGUUUGUGCCUACCCCUCCCACGAACAUAGUGGUCACAACCACCCAGAUCAUCAUAUAUCUGCGAGGAAUGCACAUGAUAACAACGAAAGCGCCACGCACACAGAUGAAUCGGAGGAGGAGGAGGGAGACGUUGAUACAGUGAGCGAGAGCAUUCCAGAUAAUGAGCUAGAGGAGAUCGUGGCGCACGACGACUGCGUCGAAGGCCACAACAAGAACGAAGAGGAGCCUGUCGUGGAGGAACAUGAAACACACGCAAAACUCUCACUGAAAGAUCAGCAACGUGACCACAAAGUGGGCAAGAGAAGUGCACCUGUGUUUGAAGGUCACGGUCGUCACGGUGUACGUGAGAAACGAUCAGAGAGCGAGGGAGAUCCGCACGAUGAAGGCUACAUUCAUUCGGAAGAAGGCCAAGAUUUCUCUGAAUCAGAUCAUCAGGAGCACCCUGACAAUGCUGAACAUUCUAAUCGAAAGCGCCGUGACGCGGAAGAAGACCCAGACCUCCCAGAGCAUUCAGAGCAUUCAUCCCAUAGCCAUGAAGAGCCGCACCAUUACGAGAAGAGGUCGUCAGGACAUCAUCGUGAUCAUAUUCACAAAAGAGACGUUGAAGAAUCAGCACACGAAGAUGAACCGACAUUCGCCUCCGAUGACGUUCACCAAGUAGAUUCAGUAGCCCUUCGAGUGAAGCGAGUUUCGCGUGCUGGUAGCAGCCACAAACCGCGGGUGAUGAACAAGAACAAGGGCAACAGUCGUGCUGGGCCAGCGAACCCGACAAACCAAGCAGUGGAAUAG